AUGAGACGUGAUGAUGAUGGUGAUAAAACUUUGAAGCAAAGGAAGGACGUACACCAUCCCAACGCUUGGCCAGUACCUCACGCAUGCGCGCAGCCAUAUCACCCAGGCAGUGGCAGCCAUGGACAGCUGUUUCACUUUUAUCAGGCCUUAUCAGCUUAUCAGACCCCUGUACGGUCAAAGCUGUGUUCAGAGGCCCUCUACUGCCGAGGCGAGUGCAAAGCACGUCUUUAAACGCCAGCUCCGCCAUCACAUAUAGGAGCUGUUGGCUGGAAACCAAACGACGUUUCUCCCACGACAUGCGUUGGGAAAGCUGAUCAGUAUUUCGGUCGAUCUGUGUAAGCAACUUCAUUCUCAGACCAUUUUCCUUGUAAACUGGGAUAAGCCGGAACAAACCUGACGCGGGUAAGGGUUCUGCUGUGUGCAGUUCUCUGCAUUGUGGGACUCGUUACCUUAUAGCAGUCCUAGCACGCCCGACUGCUCAGGUGUCCCGUUGGGCGGGGAGCGUUUCCGGGGGCUCAGGUUCAAUUCCUGGGCGAUUUUGGCGUACUGGUGUACCCUCCUUCAGGCGUUGCUCGGCAGAGCCAAUGCACUCCGGCUCUGUUAAGUAUCGUGAUGUCGUCUGGCCAUUGCACUGACCAUUGCACUACCGGGUCCGUGGCUGGGGGCGCCUGAAAAAAAAACAACCUGAGGAUGAGGUUGGGUUUAUAAGAAUAAAUAUAAAAAUAUAAAUGAUUUGUGUAGAAGAAGAAGACAUAGACAUUUACAGUUUUAUUAACGAAACUGUAAGGCAUGUCCUUUUGCAUAUGCUUGGUAUCUCUCAAAACUUCAAAACAAAUCCAGACUCUCCAUCCUUUUAAAAACCCGAACUAAAAUUGGCAAAUGAUACCAAUCUUCUAAUUCUAGUUACAUUGUAUUGCAGAUAGAAGCUGCGAACAAGACUGGUCAUAUUAUAACAGGAGCUGUUAUUUCCGUGAUGUGAAGGGUAAAACAUUUACUGAUGCCCAGGCCAACUGUGAAUCGAAACAAGCCAAUCUUGUAACUGUCAAUGAUAUUUAUGAGCAGGAAUUUCUGAAGACUUUCAUGGGAAAAGCUGGGGGUUGGAAUGGUCUCAACAGUCAAAACAGCACAAACAGCACAAACAGCACAAACAGCACAAACAGCACAUUUGAGUGGGUCAGUGGAGAGACGGUUAACUUUACGUAUUGGAGUGAAGAUCAGCCAGACAUUGAAGAUCACUGUGUUCAUAUGUAUAGAGUAAAAAACUUCAAGUGGCGAACAAAGGCAUGUUCAUCUAAACACAAGUCGAUUUGCGAAAAAGGUUUGUUGCGCCUUUUCUCUUAUUAUAGGACAAUCAAAGAAUCUGCAUCUUCUACGAGAUGCAGAUGCUUCUUAUUCUCGAGAAAACCUCACUGACAUUGACGAGACAGAAAUAGAUAUUACUCAUCUCCAAAUUUCAUCUCAAUAUUUGUGUUUAUCAGGGCCAUUAGAUAGGUGA